AUGACGAGAAUUAUACUAGUAUGGUGCGAGGAAAUUGGGCGAAGGCAGUUGAAGCAAAAACCUUUGCCUUUGCCCGAAAGCCGUCGACGCUGUUGCGUGAACACGUAUCCUGCGUACGUAGUCGUCGUGAUCGCGGCAUAUAAAUUACUAGCUAUCCCAAGAUCCAUAGAUGUCGAGUUGAAAAUGACUGAAGAAGUCAAGCUCCCUCAACAACGCCACUUGGAGCUAGUGGAGAAGGAAGACAGAAGGAGAGAAUGGAAUAUGGAAUUGGUAAUCGGAGAAGGCCAGAAGAAAUGGAUGUUGACUAUCCCAACCGAUGUUGACACUGGCGAUCAUCCCCGGGACCCGCCGCGUUGUCUUAUAUUUGUCAUUCGCCGAAUGGCGGGUUUUUUGCACAAGGUCUUCCAGCAGCGAAGUCUCGCAUCUUACAAGCUUCCCCUGACUGAGAAGAACAACGUGUACAGAGGUAUACUACGUAGGGGUUCUAUCGACGGCGCAACAUGUGUCGAUGAAGCCCGUGUAUUUUGCGGAGACUUAAUCGCCCGACGCGCUUCUGAGACAAAUCGUGGCUCAUGCACAGGCAGCUCAGGGAUAGUUAGAACCCCUAAGCUCAACUGCAUGUACAGAUGUUCACAGUAUGGAGAGCCCAUCCUAGAGUACUUCGUAGCUUGGGUCGUGGUCAAGCAAACACGAUGA